CAGACUGACCAGGCCUGGCCCUCCUCUGGCUGCUGCUGGAGGGCUGUCCGGAGCCGCCCCCUUCCUGCCCGGACUCCCCCGGACCCCCCUCCAUCCCAGGCAGUGGAGGCUCGGGGCAAGAUCGGAGCCAGAUCGCUUGUUGCAGAGGGCCGCCCACCAGAAAGCCAUGCAUUCAGAAAUAGACAGCAGUCAAGACUAACAGAGUCGAAAGGGAAUGAGCAGCCUGUCCUGCUCCAGACUCUUGCAAGUCCCCAUCCACACCUGUCCCCAGAGGAAGCUGCUGAUCCAGAAAGAGUUGCCCAAAAGGAGAAGCUCCAUGAGGAGUUGAAGCGAGUGCUUCAGAGGAAAGGCGAGAGCCUGCGAAGCACCGAAAACACUGUAGGCGACAAGGAGGAAGAGCAGCCGUUGCCUCCACCUCUGAGUUUAUCAAGUGAGAUGGAGGCCAAAGUCAGUGCCAUGGAGAAAACCAUUGAGACCUCUGAACUGCUGGAGGUCAUUGUGGAGACAGAAGCAGAAGCUGGGGUCAGUGGGAUGAGUGUGGCCGGAGGAGGGAAGGAAGGCCUUUUCGUCAAAGAUGUGCUGAAAGACUCGCCAGCAGCAAGAGCACUGAGCCUCAGGGAAGGUGACCAGCUCCUGAGCGCCAGAGUGUAUUUUGACAACAUAAAGUAUGAAGAUGCCUUGCAGAUCCUCAAGUGUGCUGAGCCAUACAAGAUUUCCUUCUGCCUGAAACGGACAGUGCCCAGUGCAGAUGUCUCCCGCAAGCCUGGAACCUCCACCUUUGAAGUGAGAGGCCCCAAAGCCAAGAUGGCCAAGCUGAACAUCCAAAGCCUAUCGUCUCUGAAAAAGAAAAAGAAGAAAAAAAUAGCAAAAGGCCUGGCAAAGGAACCACAAGAGGCAAUAAACCUUCAUGACAGUGGGGACCUGGCAGGUGGAAAACUGGAGAUUGCACCAGUUGACGUGGAGUUCUCUCUGCCCAAAUUCUCCAAGCUACGCAAGGCCAAGAGUGUUGGCGAGGUGGCAGUCACUGAACCGAGCCCAGACCAUUCUCCCCGGCUGUCUUCUCUAGAGACCAAACGGCGAAAACUGAAAUUCCCUAGGUUGAAGGUGAAGGAAGCAGCAGCGGCAGCGGCAGCAGAUAUGGCAAGAGUUGAAGGUCCUGAGACUCGUCUGGAAGUGAGCCUGCCCAAGGCUGCCAUCGGGGUAAAAGCAGCCACCAAAAAAGAAGGCAAGGGGAAGGUAUCCAGGUUCACAGUCCCUUUCACCAAGGCCAAGAAGGCCAAAGAAGAGGCAGGGGGCAAAGUGGAAGCUGGAUUCCAGGCCCCUCAAGUAGAACUUGACCUCCCCCUGCCUAAAGCUGGGCCCGGUGGGGAGUCACCCAAAGCUGGUUUUAAAGGGGAAGGUUUCAAGAUCCAAGCACCUCAGAUUGGGUUGCCCAAACUGGAGGCAAAGCUGCCCAAAGUGAGUACUGGAGGGAUGGAGGUGCCAGAAGGUGAUCUCCAGAUAGGGCUAAAGCUCCCCACAGCAGAAGUGGCAGCACCCAAAGUAGAUGUAGACCUCAGCUUUCCCAGACUGGAGGGAACGCCUCCCUCAGAAGUUGUCCCCAAAGAGGAAAGCUUCCGAAUCAAAGUCCCCAAGUUUGGGGUCUCUACAGAGGAGAUCAAGCUGAAGGUGCCUUCAGGCAAAGUCCCGGCCCUGGAAAUCGCCUUGGAAAAAGACAAAGUAAAAUCCAAAGAGUUAGAGGAAAAGCUGAAGGCAGGGAUGACAGUGCCAUCUCUGGAUGUGGAGGCUCCUUCUGUGGACCUAGAGCUCCCCCUGCCCAAGGGGAAGGCUGAAGCAGAGGUUCCCAAGCUGAGAGCGGAAGUCCCAGAGGUCUCUGUCAAGCUCCCUUCAAUCAGCCUAGGCAAGCUGGUCUCCAAAGCUCAAGAAGAAGGGGAAAGCAAAUUGCCCCAGGUAGAACUUGGUGUUGGGAAGCCAGAGAGCCCCAAAAUAAAAUCCAAAGGCCCCAAGAUCCAAAUUCCUGGGUUUGGAAUUUCCCUGGCAGAACGCAAGUCAGAGAGCAAAGAAGCAGAGAGUAAGGUGACAUUUUCGGGGCUGAAGAUGCCCUCCCUUGACAUCUCUGCCCCCAAAGUCAGUGAUGUGCAACUUCCUAAGGCCACAGGAGAACUGACUGACCCCUUUGAGCGGGCAAAGUUGGAGCAGGCUGCUGAAGGGCCUGGAUUCAGGUUCCAGAUGCCCCAAGUGUCACUCCCGAAAUUUGACCUACCUGCCAAGGCACCACCCACUCCCCCCCUCCAAAUUCACACCAAAUCCCCUAAGCCAGUAGGUGACGUGAGCAUGAAGGUCAGUGUCCCAAAAGUGGAUCUCACCUUGCCAGCAGUGACAUUACCUGACAUGCAGCUCCCCAAAUCACCAUGUCAAAAGCCAGAAUUGGACAUGUCAGUGGAGAAGCCCAAAGUAGAAGUAGCUGUCCCCUCGGCACGGCUGAGCUUCCCUUCUGGAACUGUGCCAGCACUGGAUAUUGACUUGCCCAAAGUUGAGGUUGGACUGGAUUUGCCAAAGGUUGAAAGAGAACUUACUGUCUCUGAGCUGCUGCCAGCCAGGGACCACGAGAUCAAGCUGAAGUUGCCCACCUUUGAGACUGUGACCAAAGACCUGGAUGUGGAGCUCAGUGUCCCCACAUGCCGACCUGAUCAGCCUGAGCUGGAGCCAAGCAUGAGAACUUUUGAGGGGCCGGAUGUCAGCGGGAUGGUAGCCAAAAUUCCUAAGGUGGAUCUUGCUUUGGGGAAGGAGCUGCCAGAAGCUGAAGGGACACGAGGCCUGGAGAUUGGCUUGGGAAUGAAAGGCAAACCAUUGCCAAAGAUCAGCCUAGAACGAGAGGGCUUGGCUUUGGGUGCCAAAAUGAAGCUGCCAUCUGUAGAGAUUCCUGCUGUCACUGUCCCAGAUGUGACCAUUGAGAGCAGCAAAGUCCUUGAGGCUGAAGCAAAGCAGAAGUCCCCAAGAUUUGCUUUCCCUAAGUUUAGCAUUUCUGGACCCAAGGUUCGAAAAGCCAGUCCAGAGGCAUCAGCUGCUGAGGUGGAGUUCCCAGAAGCUGCUGACAAAGGCUCAAAGUUGAAGAUGCCAAAGUUUGGGAUUUCUUUCCCCAAAUCCAAAUGGGGAACAGAGAUGGAAGGCCCCAAAUUAUCUCUCACCAUUGAAGGGAAAGCUCCUGAGAGGUCUGGUGUUGUCUCUGAGCCUCAUGUGGGUCUGGAUUCUGAAAGUAGGAUGAAGUUGCCCACCAUGGAUGUUGAGGUGCCUAGUGUGGCAGUGGAUAUUAGUCUUCCCAAAGGGAAGGCAGAAGACCGGUCUGGUGAAGAGGCUGAAGGACCUUCUCCUGAGGUUGGCAUAGACCUCCCAGAUGUCAAGUUGAAAGUGCCCAAGUUAUCAUUGCCCAAAUUUGAGGGCAAAGGCAAGGAAGGGGAGUUGGAGCUCAAAAGCCAUGAGGUAAAGACACCAGAGAAAGAGGCCAAAGCCAAAGUAUCCAAGUUCAAGAUGCCAUCUUUUAGCAUGAUGCGCAGAGAUGUGGAAAUAUCAGGCCUAGAAGCAGAAGCAAAGAUCAAGAAAGGUUCUGGAAGUCCCAAGGAAAAGGGUCCAUCUGUGAAGAUGCCCUCUGUGAAGAUGCCAACGUUGCAACUGUCCUCUCCUAAGCUGGAAACUGACAAAGGGAAGCUGCAGCUCCAGGCUCCAGAACUGGAAGUGAAAGUCCCCCAGGUUGAACUAACCAGGAUCAGCAGCAAAGAAGUCAAAGCAGAGGCAGGGCUGCUUGUAGGGUCAGAGAGUCCCAGCUUCAGGGUGAAGGUGCCAUCCCUGGAGAUUGCUAUGCCAAGCCCUAGAGCUGAAGGGGAGCUAGAGAAGCCAGUGGUGGAUGUCUCAGAGGCUGACAUCAGAGGCUACGAGGGAGAGCUCAAGAUCCCCAGUAUGCCUUCUAUUGGCAUUUCUGCCCCCAAAGUAGAUCUGGACAUUAGUCUACCAACAGCUGGCACAGAGGAGUCCAUCCCUCAUGGCACUACCAGUGCAGAUGCCAAAAUCAAGUUGCCCAAGGUAGAGCUUCCCAAGUUUGGUAGGGAUGAGGAUGGUGGGCUGGUGGAAGCAGGAGUACAACUUCUGGGACACAGGCUCAGCUAUGGUCGGGAAGGAGAGAAAGAGGUGGAAGGAGUGGUGGAAGACUCUAUUCUGGGUUCCAAGGUACGGGUGCCCAAGGUGGACAUCUCUUUGCCCAAAGCCCGACUUUCAGAUGCGGAGCUGCCCCUAACUGAGGGAGAGGGGAUGGCUGAAGGAACAGAAGGAAAAUUCAGGAUGCCUUCUGUUGGGCUGCCGAAGUUCUCCACCCCUAAAAUGAAGGCUCCAGAGGUAGAGCUUGACAUGAGUUUGGAAGCAACAGGAAAGAUGCCCAAGGUCAAAAUGAGUGGUCCUGUCAUCAAGCUGCCCAGAUUUGGGGGCUCCAGCUCAGAUGGUGAAGGGGAAGCUGAGGUGGAUUUGCCCAGGGUCCCACAACUUGAGCUAAAAGCUCCCAAACUCCGAGGGAGCACCGAGAUGCUGAGCUUGGAAACUGGAACAAAAGAAGCCAAGAUCAAGAUGCCCUCUCUCCCCAUUGGGUUUGGCCUAGGCAAGGCAGAAGCAGAGGCUGGCCUGGGAGCUGAUGACAACAAGUUCAAGUUGAAACUCCCAUCCUUAAGCAUCUCCAAGACAGGGACUGAGUCAAGCACAGAUACCCAGCCCCUCUGCCCUCCUGCUGAAGGAGCAGACUUCUCUUUCAAAAUGCCCCAUAUUGCUGUACCAGAUGUGGGGUUCUCUGUAGACUCUGAAGGGAAGAAGGAAGUGAAGGGAGAAUCAGGGAAACUAGCAGGUAUGGCAGACCUGGAAGUAGAUGUGGGAGGGUUUGAAGGCAGGCUGAAGAUGCCCAAGAUCAAGAAGCCAUCAUUUGGGUCACCAGGUCCCAAGGAUGCUGCUGCCGCUUCGCCUCCAAAACAUCGACGGGGCUCAGGAGGGGAAGACCUAGAGGGCAGGAAAGCAGCCUUCAAGGUGCCCGGCUUGGAGAUUUCAGCCCCAAGUAUCAAAGCUCACGCUGAAUAUCAGAUCGAGGGGACCCAGCUCAGGCAUGGUGGCUCCCAGGAACUGGAAGGGGACAAUAAAAGAAGCCACACUGGCAGCGAUGGGAGGAAGAGUCCAGUGAUCAAAGGAGAUGGUGCUGAUCCUGAUACAGGAAAGAAGUAUAAAGUGAAGAUCCCCAAGUUUGGACUCUCUUUGCCCAAAGGAGGACUGGAAAGUGGGGAAGGUACCUCAGGGCAGGAGGCAGAGACCAAAGCCAAGAGACCUAUGUUUGCCCUGGGAAGGUCCAAGGCAAAGGGGCCUGAGGGCUCCCCUGGCCUUCUUGAGGGAGACGAAGAAGGUGAUGGCAAGGGCAUGAUGGCCAAACUCAAGCUGAGGCCCACUUUUGGAUUAUCUCUCUCCAAGCCCAAACUGGGGUUGGAGGUUAAUGGAGACCUGGAGGAGGCUUCCUCCAAGCUCAAGGUUCCCAAAUUGGGCUUCUCCACAGCAGAGGAAGGCACCCAGCUCAAUGGGGAACGGUCUGAAGCUUUCCUCCAGAAUGGGUCCCAAGAGAGCAAGGGGAAGAUGGGCAAAAUCCGUCUGCCUCAAGUGGAACUCUCGUCUCCCUCCAAAAUGACUGAAACCGAUCCAGAGCUGAACCUCAAACUGGUGAGGGCAGAAGAAGCCAAGGAGGACACCCAUGGCAUUGGCAGCAGCGGAGGCAGCUCUGCCACCUUUGCAGCCUUGAAGGGUUCCAAGUUCAAGUCUCCCAAGAUCACCUUCUCAGGCUUCAAGAAACGGAAUGGGGAGGCAGCCUCAGGUGCCGUGGUCUCUUCCGCUGCCCGAACAGAGAUGGCUUCAUUGGAAACAGGCGAUGCAGGGGUCAAGGGGGAGAAGUCCCCCAAGUUCAGAUUCCCCAAACUGGCGCUGAGCCCCAAAUCCCAUGGGGCGCUGGAGAUCACUUCUGAGCACCCAGAGGACGAAGGGGGGUUGAAAAUCAAGCUGCCCUCCGUGGGUUUCUCUGAAGAGCUUGGCUCUGAGGAGCAGGUGGGGACUGUGAGGGUAGUGACCAAAGCAGAGGGAGGGUCAGCGGCUGCAGUGUGAGGGAGAAAUGCUGGCACUGGUCUGGCAAAGCCAUGCCAAUCUCUCUUCUGUAUAACCACUAACCACGAGUGAGGGCAGGCUUUGGUAACAGCCAGGAGCGGCAGAAGGAAGAAGAGAGACAAACAUUUGGACAUGCUUUUGAGGCAUGUGUCUCUCCCAGCAUACUCCCUUUAACAACUCCACCCUGGAGGCCACUGAAGCUCCAUGCCUAGAAAUUGGCAUGUUUUCUUCUUCUACAGAAAACCAAUGUGAAGAAAUAGUGGUGCUCCUUUGACUGGUCUAUUUUCACAGGACUGCUUCACCCCAGCCUCAAAGCAAAGCCCUGCAGCUGGCCUCCAUGUCUCCUGCCCUCCAUCUCUGUUGUCCUCUUCAUGAGUUUUGGGGCCAAGCCUAGAAGCUUCUAUUCCCUUAUCUUUGCAUUUAGGAAGCUGGUCACUUUCAGAAGAGAUGGUCGUAUUUUAUAAAACUAACUUAAGAAUGGGGAGUGUGGUUUUGUGAACAGAGGGAAUAGGACAUUUAGAGAUGAGGGAGCUGUGUUCAACAGCGGACUGUUCUUCCUUAGAAAAUGACUUACAGUAUCAUGAAAUUGAUGAGGAUGCCAAGGGUUAUCUAAUCUGACCCCUUGCCAGUAGAGGAUUCAAAAUAAGCAAGAUCUUGCAGUGGAGAUAAACCAGAAAAUCAGGGGAUGGGAAGUUCUGGGACGCAACAUUUAGAGUCUUAUUUGGGUGCCAGAAGCCACUUCAAGAGAGUUUUGAACAAAGGCAAUGUUCCUAACAGACUGGGAAAUACUGUCUCCUAUUAAGUCCUAUCCUUGGUCCUCCAUUUCAACCAAGAGGUGCCUGUGCGGUUAUUGCUGCACCUUGUUUUUAAGGGUGUCCUUUGGAACUGCCAACGGACCCCAAAGGGCAAUGAGAUUACAAGGCAGAGAGCUGCUUUUCUGUGUAGGAUACAGGGCAAUAUCUUGGUCCUGAAAGUUUCUCAUUUCCAACCCAACCCUUUACACACCCCUUUCUCCCUCCCUAAAGAAAGUCUUUCCCUAACCCUCUCACCCCUCUUAAUCUUUCCUUAACAGAGUGAUGAAACCCACAGAUCAUAGUUAGGCGUUCUGCACCCAUGUUUCCUCCUCAUCUAUGGAUAUCCCAGUAAAACCUGGAGGGGGCUCCUGUGCCUUUAUGACUGUGCAAGAGAGGGAAGUUCAGGAGAUGCUGCUUGUCACAGCAACCAGGUCACAAGCAACAUCUCUGAAAUGCUCUCUUCGGCACAACUAUCUAAGACACAAGAGUGCUUUCCAGUUCUCAAUCUGGCAACGCUAGGUAGGGAGGAGAGUAGCAUAGACCACAUAAUAAUGGAGUUGUUAAGUAAAAAAGGAGACACAUAGGAAGGUUGGAGAAAACUCAGAUAAAUUUCCUUAGGGAGGGAGAGAGGGAUAUGGAUGGAGGGUUGGGAUGGAGAUCAGAGACUUCAAGACUUUAUCCCUGCCAACCAACCUUCUCUGUUGCCUUCAAGAGGGUGAUUUUCACCCAUAGCCCCCCAAGUGUACUUGAAUUAGAAAAGUUUGAUGGCCUCUCCUUUUUACUGCAAAAGGUUACAGCGGGAAUCUCCUUUCUCCACAACAUACAUUAAAUGGGUAUGCAUUUUAUUUCAGGUCUAUCUUGUAAAAUAUCUUACUAGUUUGGAGAGCAGGGGCCAGUUUCCCUUCUUUUCAAAGGAAGCGUGUGAGGUGCAGUGAUCGCAUUUAAGGUGUUUACAUUUAGGCAGGUAGGACAGGAUCUCCAUUCAUUCAAGUCUUAGGAAAAAGACAGAAACAUUGUCUUGCCACUCUGAGAUGUACAGAAAUCAUUUGUUCUAAUUGUUAACUACUUAGGCCUGCAGUGAUGGGCUUUCCUCUUAUUUGCCGCUGAAAUAAAAAUUCCAGUAACUGCCUCUUUGCCAGAUCAUCUGUUUAAUUCAUUACCUUUAAGAAAGUAAAUAAAAAUAUUACACUGUAUCUUGGAUACAUUGAACUACUGCUGCUUUUUUUUCUAUUCUGGGUUUGAAUAAAAAUUAAUAUGAGGACUAA